AUUGUCUAUUUUUUUAAAAUGCCUUCAUUUGUAAUGUUCAUAUUUUGUGGCCUCUUAAUGGUCUUAACGUUUAGCGCAAUCGAUGUGUCAGCAAAUCCUACAGGUGCCCCGACUGCGGCCUGUGAAUCUAUGACACCCAAUCAUGAUGGAGCUCCGUCUAACACUCCAUGUCCAUUUGAAGUCAUUCUCAAUCAGAAUCAAAUAUUUUCUAAUAGCAGCGUGAGGGUAACGCUUCAGCCAUCCCUGCCGUCGGGAUCGUUCAAAGGAUUUUUGGUGAUGGGCUUUGACAAAGUAACGGAUCGCGUUAUCGGAACAUUUCAAAUACCCCCAUCAUACACUUUGGGCAAAACAAUUGAUUGCAACAAGGAGUAUGAGAAUGCAGCAACGCACAAGUCUAACGACCCAAAGCAGAGUGUUACACUCGAUUGGAUUCCACCCGAAGGUUACGACGGUGAAGUCAUAUUCAAAACUACGUUCGUCGAGGAGUUUAUCAAAUAUUGGGUUAAGCAACCAUCUGGAAUAGUUAAGGUUGUAGCGUCAGAAAAUGCGGCGCCGGAGAGCACAACAAACGACGCAACAAAUACUCCGCCCCCUCUUCUAGACGUUUACGAAGGAUGUGGGGUAUCCAAAGGAUGUAUUGCCACACCUGAUGAUUGUGUUGAAUCGAAAAAUUGUACCAUGAUGGCGACAUACAAAAAACUGGAUAACGAUCUUCUUCAACUGGAAAUUUACGGUGAAAUCAAAGGGGACGAAUAUGUAGCUAUUGGAUUUUCUACCGAUUCGGGAAUGGGAUCUGAUAGUGUAGUUGAAUGCGUCAAGUACCGUGACACCCUCAAUGCCUAUCAAUCCUACAACACCCCAAAGCGGGACAAUCAAAGGCUUUUGUCGAAUUUACUGGGAUUCGUUAAAAUCAGUUCCCCUAUGUACGUUGACGGUUACAUCUACUGCAGCGUGCAACAUCCUAUUGUAUUUAGAAAUACCAUCGACUUUGAUCUGAAUGAACCUCAUUAUUUAUUGAUGGCCACCGGACCCACUGGCAAAGACAAUAUCCAAGAACAUUCUGAAGAAGAAAAAAGUGGGAUGUCUAUAGAUUUAACCAAAGAUUACAGCGUCUCGUAUUUUAAGGACUCAAGAGUAUUGAAACAAUUGCAUGGCUCGUUUAUGGUCAUCGCUUGGCUUAUGGCCGCUUCAAUUGGAGUCCUGAUGCCUCGCUACAUGAAAAAGACUUGGGUCGGAAAACAAAUCAUGAAAAAGGACCGCUGGUUUGUGUACCAUCGAGGACUAAUGGUGCUAGCCUGGACUCUGACGGUGAUAGGAUUCAUCAUCAUCUUCAUCGAUGUCGAUGGUUGGGUGUCGGAAUCCGUCUCCGAGAAUCCGCAUCCGCUAAUAGGGUGCAUCACUACAGUUUUGGCGUUCAUUCAACCUUUCAUGGCAUUAAUGAGACCUUUGCCCAAUGCGCCGAAUCGAUACAUUUUCAACUGGGCUCACAUGUUAGUUGGAUACUCGGCGCACAUUUUAGCAAUUACCUGUAUUUUUCUGGCGGUUGAAAUGGAUGAAGCCGAGUUACCCUAUGAGACUUAUUGGAUCUUAACGGCCCACAUUUGCUGCUACGUUGGCGUUCACGUUUUGCUUACCUUCCUAGCACGAAGAAACGCGGAUGCGCCUGAUGAAAUGAAGGACGGCAAACCGCGGUUGAAACAGGCUUCGUUCCAAAGGCAAAUUAUCAUCGCAUGUUACAUCUGCAUCGUCGUUGGACUGGGAUCAACUGUCAUUGCCUUCAUUGCUGGGGCAUAAUAUUUUUUUUUAUUUCAAAGCAACUGAAGAACAUAACCAAUAAAAUU